AUGGGGAACCUUAACAAUGAAGAGAGAGCAGCAACCAUGGAGAAAAUAAGAGAUGCCUGUGAGAACUGGGGUUUCUUUGAGUUGGUGAACCAUGGGAUAUCCCUAGAGUUGAUGGACACUGUGGAGAGGCUGACGAAAGAUCACUACAAAAAGUGUAUGGAGCAAAGGUUCAAGGAAAUGGUAGCAAGCAAAGGUUUGGAGUCUGCUCAGUCUGAAAUCAAUGAUUUGGACUGGGAAAGCACCUUCUUUUUGCGCCAUCUUCCUGCCUCUAACAUUUCAGAGAUCCCUGAUCUUGAUGAAGAUUACAGGAAGGUAAUGAAGGAUUUUGCAGUGGAACUGGAGAAACUGGCUGAGCUACUUCUUGACUUGCUGUGUGGGAAUCUUGGGCUGGAGAAAGGGUAUCUGAAGAAGGUGUUGUAUGGGUCAAAGGGUCCAAAUUUUGGCACCAAAGUUAGCAACUACCCUCCAUGUCCCAAGCCAGAGCUCAUAAAGGGUCUCAGAGCUCACACAGAUGCUGGUGGCCUCAUUCUACUCUUCCAAGAUCACAAGGUCAGUGGAUUGCAGCUCCUCAAGGAUGGCCACUGGAUUGAUGUCCCCCCAAUGCGCCACUCCAUUGUCAUCAACCUUGGGGACCAACUUGAGGUCAUCACCAAUGGUAAAUACAAGAGUGUGAUGCACCGUGUGGUUACCCACACAGAGGGGAACAGAAUGUCCAUAGCCUCGUUUUACAACCCAGGCAAUGAUGCAGUGAUUGCUCCAGCGCCAGCCUUGGUGAAGGAAGAUGAGAGCAGCCAAGUCUAUCCCAAGUUUGUUUUUGAUGAUUACAUGAAGCUCUAUGCUGGCCUUAAAUUCCAGGCCAAAGAGCCAAGAUUUGAAGCUAUGAAGGCCAUGGAGUCACCCAGCAUUAAUCUAGGACCAAUAGCAACUGUCUAA